CACACAGUAGAGUUAUCUGGUUUACAAAGUCAGGGGGAAGUCAGGGACGGGUGAAGUAUGGAAAUGUUCGACUGUUCUCUCUGCAUUUUAGAUAUGACUAUGCGAAACGGUGCGGUAACACAGAAUGAAAUUACAGCAGUUCAUUAAUACAGAUUAACGUUGAACUUGAUCGUUAAAAACGGACCAGCUCGAACAUACCCUAUUCGCCGCAGGCACGAAAUGUGGUACAUGGUGUAUAUGUUAAAUGACUGUUUGAAAUGUGUGUUAAAGGACGAUAAUGCUCCCAGAACUUCCCUUCUCCUCUCGCCGUUCACCUGUUGUUUGUAUAAAUGGCUGUGUUGCUUCCAGUCAACCUUUAGCAUCUGGAAUUGGUCUUGAUAUUCUGAAGAGAGGUGGCAAUGCCGCUGAUGCGGCCGUGGCUGUGGCGGCCGCCCUCAACGUGACGGAGCCCUGCAGCACUGGCAUUGGAGGAGACUGCUUCUGUCUGUUCUAUGAAGCUCACAGCAGGCAGGUGCGCGGGCUGAAUGGAAGUGGCCGGGCCCCCAGAGCACUGACUCUGGAUCUGCUGGCGGAGCUGGGCUUCAGUGAGAACAAGCCUCCACCAGCCUUUCACGCCCUCAACGUCACUGUACCAGGUGCAGCUGCUUGCUGGUGUGACACCGUACAACUCUUUGGGAGUAAGAAGCUCUCGCUGGGUGACAUUCUACAUCCGGCCACAGAGUUGGCUGAGAGGGGCUUCCCCGUGACAGAGAUCACAGCUCACCACUGGGCCAAAUGGUUAAAGGCCCUGGAAGCUGCUGGGAAGGAACUGGGAGGGGAUUUCCUCAUAAACAACCAACCACCCAAACAUGGCCAGGUGUUCUCUAACCCAGCCCUGGCUCGGACAUUCCAGGAGGUGGCCCGUCAUGGGAAGGCAGGGUUUUAUGAAGGCAGGAUAGCAGAGGCCAUAGUGGAUGUCAUCAGUAGGAAUGGUGGGGUGAUGAGCUUAGAGGACCUGAAGAACCACACCAGCACUGAAGUAACACCCAUUUUCACAAAUUACAAAGGGGUGAGACUUUGGGAAUGUCCUCCCAAUGGGCAAGGCAUAGCAGCUCUCAUUGCCCUCAACAUUCUAGAAAACUUCCCCGUGAAAGAUAUGGGCCACAACACGACCAGCUACCUCCAUAUUCUGGCUGAAGCUCUGAAGUUGAGUCUGGAUGACACUGUGCAUUUCUGCGCUGAUCCAGAUGAGGUGAAAGUGCCUGUGAAGGGCCUUCUGUCCAAGGAUUACAGUCAACAGCGUGCCCAGCUCAUACACAUGCAGAAGGCCAGCGUUAAUGGGCAUGGGACUCCCACAGGAAGUGACACGGUCUACUUCAGCGUGGUGGACAAAGAGGGAAACGCCUGUUCCUUUGUCAACAGUAACUACAUGGGAUUUGGGACAGGCCUUGUUCCUGAUGGCUGUGGAUUUUCUCUUCAAAACAGAGGAGCCAACUUCUCUCUGGAUAGCAGUCAUGUGAACUGCAUGGGUCCAGAGAAGAGACCUUACCACACCAUCAUGCCCGCCAUGCUGACAGACCCCACCUCAGCCCGGGUGCUCUGCUCAUUUGGGGUGAUGGGAGCCUUCAUGCAGCCACAGGGACACGUGCAGGUAUUACUCAACAUGCUAGAAUUUGGGAUGAAUCCACAGGAAGCCCUAGAUGCUCCACGCAUAUUUGUGCAGUAUGACAAGACUGCCAGGGAGUGGCACCUGAACAUGGAGGCCGGUGUGGAGCAGGGCGUGGCAGAGGAACUGCAGAGCCGUGGGCACAUCGUGCGCUGGCCGGUGUCGGGUCAUGACCACGCGCAGUUCGGGCGGGGGCAGGUCAUCGCAGUGGGGUCGUGGUGGGACCCCGCUCUCACCCAAUGUGACCCAGCCGCCCGGGUGCUGUGGGCGGGCUCGGAUCCCAGGGCGGAUGGCUGUGCUCUGGGGUACUAACCAGUUCCUCCCCUCCUGAAUCUGGGAUGGAAGAUGUGCUGCUUCUGUUCACCAUUGUUUAAAAUGCACAAAACCGCAAAACAAAUCUGUGCGGUAGUACACUGAAGCUUAAUGUUUUUAAACAUAAUUUUGGAGUGUGUGCCAGUUUUGUAGUUGUCUGCCUCUCUGCUUUGUGUAAGCAAUCCUUUGUGUACUGCUCCAAACAGUACUCUAAGCUUUAAAGAGUGUUUAUUUAAAU